AUGGCCUCCGGAACAGUCCGAGUUGCUGUGACCCAGCAUGAGCCGAUUUGGCUGGACCUCGAGGCUACAGUGAAGAAGACAUGCGAGAUCAUCCAAGAAGCCGCUGCAGCAGGAGCUAAGCUGGUGGCAUUCCCAGAAGUAUGGAUUCCGGGCUAUCCUGCAUGGAUCUGGUCGAGACCGGUUGACUUUGACUUGGGUGUCAGCUAUGUUGAGAACUCCCUAGCGGUCGACAGUCCAGAGAUGAAGCAAAUCUGUGCAGUAGCUGAAGAGAACGCGAUCAACGUCUCCUUGGGCUUCUCUGAGCGUGCAGGCCGGUCCGUAUACAUCGCCCAAGCACUGAUCGACGAGAAGGGCCAGAUCAGAAUGAAGCGACGCAAGAUGAAGCCCACUCAUAUGGAACGUACCAUCUUCGGCGAUGCCUCCGGCGACUGCUUGGCCAAAGUUGUGGAUGUACCCGAAGUUGGCAACGUUGGCAGCCUCUCCUGCUGGGAACAUAUCCAGCCUCUGCUGAAGUAUUUUACACUCAGUCAACAAGAGCAGAUUCAUGUUGCUGCGUGGCCCCCACUCAAUGAUUUCAUCGAAGGGAGCCCUGGAUUCUGGUCUAUGUCAACCGAGGGAUGCCGUAAUCAAGCCCAAACGUACGCUAUCGAGUCGCAAGCCUUUGUCUUGCACUGCACGUCGGCCCUCAGUGAAGCUGGCAUCGACCUCAUGAAGACCGCUGGAGCUCCAGUGAUGGGAAACCCGACAGCCGGCAGCUCGGCAGUCAUCGGCCCUGACGGACGUGUCUUGACUUCUGCUGGAAAGAGCGAACAACUCAUUACAGCCGAUCUCGACUUGAGCUUGGUCACGAAGACGAGGAUCUUCGCAGAUGCUUCUGGCCACUACUCUCGCCCUGAUCUUCUGUGGUUAGGAGCUGACCCGACCACAAAGAACGUUGUGAGACCAGCUUGA